AUGGAGAUCUACUUGUACAACAUCUCUCUGGCAGUCACUACAGAUGACUUGACAAUUGCGUUCGCCGAAAUACUUCACAAGCCCCCUUUUCAUACCAGUCCUCUCCUGAAUUUUGAAAUACACCUCUCAGACGAGUCAUACCCCAACGGACAGCAAGGCACCCUCGCUCUGCCAACGGAGGAUGCUGGAGUCACUUUAUUGCGUGCUCAUGGUGGCGGAGGAAUUGUCGUCAAAGGCCGACCAAUCCUCAUCAGCAGGAGCACGCAGGCGAUCCACAAGUCCCGUAUCGAGAGGUUGAAUAACGUUCCAUGGCGCGAUCCAAUACAGCUUCUCAGGAGAAAUCAGUCUUUCCAGCUUCUCCGCUACUCGUUCGGCCGCUUCCUCCGGGAUGAAUCUUUUUCUUCGCAAGUCUCCCCUCCUGGCACAGCUCGUGUGAUUUGUGAUCUGGAGCAUCGGCAGGUACGCUUCACUUUUCAACCUCAACAAAACACAAACGUGCAUAACGACCCCCUCGGCAUCAAUCUCGAUGUUUUGAGCAUUAACAUUUUUGGAAACUCAAACACCACUGUUGUAAUCGUUCGUGCCGAUGAGCCCCCUGUGUACACAGUUAAUAACAUAGUGGAGAACGCUAGUCGUAUGGCGGGCUUGGGGCGUAAUGAUCACAUGCCUCCGGGAUGCCAUAAUCUGAUGCUGGCCUUUCGCAACCAGUCGGACGCAGAUAGGUUCGCUUAUACAUGCCGCGAUCGUCUCCAUCUGCGUUACUCCACACGCCACCAUAUCCGGAUUCGUGAUCACAUCUCGAACGGUACAUCUAUUGAGAAGCUUCAUGACUUUCUCUCUCAGAUCCCAUACAAUCUUGGGUUCGAAGUAGAAAAGACUGUUGCAGACUCUCUUUUGAGUGUGGCGGACAUUUUUUCGCUGAAGGAGGUCAUCCUAUCGUUGCAAGCUGAACAUGGCGACGAUGCGCCGGAAAUAUUUCAGUCCUUUGCCACGGAGCUUGCAGGACGCAUUGCGAGUCGUACAAAAAGUCGCAAACGCAGAGCACCACGACAGUCUAGCCAAGAGAGUUUGCCUUCUCUUCUCCACCGAGUCACCCAAGGAUUUAUCAAAGAGCAUCAAAAACCCCGUCCUCUUCUAGCUCCGCCACCACAAAGUGGGGUCUACCUAUCCUACCAUCUCAUCCUAACACCCACACGGUAUGUCCUAGAGGGACCUUUCCCAGAUCAGUCCAAUAGUGUAUUACGCCGCUAUGGACAUCCCGAGUGCUUCCUGCGUGUCUGUUUUCAGGACGAGAAUGGAUCGAAGCUUCAUCGGGAACCCGAUUAUUCCAUUAUAGAACUGUCGAGGGUGCGAUAUCGCUGCAUCCUUUUCAAUGGUUGUCGCGUCGCUGGACGCCAAUUUCAGUUCUUGGGAUAUUCUAUGAGCGGCCUAAAAGAACAUUCGGUGUGGUUUGUGACGCCAUUCGAGAAUGAGAAUGGGAAAUUGCUAAAUGCACAAGCUAUACGGAACAACUUGGGCGAUUUCUCAAAACUUCACAGACAACCAGCUCGUUUGGCUGCAAGGUGGUCACAAGCCUUCUCUGGAACUGAUCCAUCGAUCACACUUCUUCCCGAAGAAGUAGAUUUUUGUUGUCCCGACAGAUACUCGCCUUCUGGUGGGCUGAUGACAGAUGGGUGCAGCUCCAUAUCAGUUGAGCUUGCUAGGGAGAUAUGGCGGUCUAUGCAGAAGGGGAAAAAACGAUCUGCGAAGCUACGACAUGUUCCAUCGGCCUUCCAAUUUCGACUUGGCGGGGCCAAAGGCAUGGUCGUCCAAGACCCCACCAUUCCAGGAAAACUCGUCCGUCUUCGUCCGUCACAAAUCAAAUUUGAUGCACCAGAGAAUCUCACUUUUGACGUCCAAUCGACGUCAGCGGAACCAAUACCGGUGUUCCUCAAUCGUCCGCUUAUAUCUCUUAUGGAGUUCUUGGGUGUGGACGCUCAGAGAAUCAUUGAACUACAGGACGAUGUCAUACGCAAAGCUCAAUCCGUCCGAUUGUCGUGUGCCGAUGCCUCAACCAUUAUUCAGCAACAUGGACUUGGGGCAUCUUUCCAUCUACCAUCUCUCUUCACAAACCUAUCGUCCAUUUUGGAACUCGAAAUUGGAGACGGGGGAAACAACCCGUGGAAGUGGAACAACAACCUCAUCGAAAGCUCUCUGAAGUGCGUUGAGACGUAUAUCCUGCGGGAAGUAAAGUACCGUGCGCACAUAGCAGUUCCAGGUUCGUAUACCUUGCUUGGCGUCUCCGAUGAAUGGUGCUGCCUGAGAGAAGGAGAAAUAUAUGCAACUGUGUUUAAUGAAAGGACGGGAGAGGUCAAGAGCAUCACAGGCAAGGUUGCCAUAACGCGCAGCCCGCAGAUUCACCCAGGCGACCUACAGGUUGUGACCGCCGUACAUCGGCCAGAGUUGGAACAUCUGAAAAAUGUCGUCGUUUUUUCCUGCGAGGGUGAGCGAGCGCUUGCACCAUGUCUGGGUGGAGGUGAUCUUGAUGGCGAUCUUUUCAACCUAAUUCUUGAUCCGAGACUGCUACCAACGAAACAAUUCAAGCCCGGAGAAUAUCCGGCAGUGACCAUCAGAUCGACAUUGAAGGCGUGUGGCAUCUCCGAUGUCGCAGACUUUGUUAUUGACUAUAUUCAGUCCGACCUCAUUGGCCCCAUCGCCAUAAGUCAUCUCAGGUUUUCUGACUUGAAGACACCAGAUUGCGCAGAAUGCAUUCAGCUCGCGAGUUUUGCCUCCCAAGCACUUGAUUUUCCGAAGAGCGGCACUCCUGUCAACUUCAAAUCCUUACCUUGGCUGCGGAAGACUCAAGCUAGGCCAGAUUUUCUUGCCAGAGAAGGCGCUAACUUGAAUGUCACCGGCGGGCAGUACUAUGUCAGCCCGAAGCUUCUCGGUCAACUUUUCCGCCGAGUGCCAAUGAAGAGCGGAAUACCUCUUGCAUGGAACGAAGAUUCCUCUCCAUCCGAUGGAGUCGCUGUGCUAAGUGCGCUCCUUUGCGCAGAUCUCGGACAUCUUGUCCUUCCAGGAUGGACCGUUCCGAGUAAUGAGUUAGCGGAGGAGAUGACAUAUUUACUCAAUGCAUAUUGUGAGCAGCUGCUGAUCGUAGGACAAGCGCACACAAUGUCGAAAAACAAGCAUGUUCACGUAUCCGAGGCCGAACUGGUGAGCGGGACCAUCAUGGCAACUUGGUCCGAUCAUCAACGUCGGCGGAAUGCAGUCUCCGCAAUGAACUUGCAGUAUGUUCAGACGCAAGAGCUCGUUCGUAGGGUCAGGGAAGAACUUCAGGGGGACAACCCGGAGACACUAAAUACAGAAACGUCACACGAGGAGGACCAGAGGAUACCAGAGACGGAAACAGAUGAAGAUGAAGAUGAAGCCCCGGGUACACUAGAUACGGAAACUUUCAAGCGCUGCUGGGCGGCGUGGUGCGCAGCAGAAGAUAGCCUGAAGGAAGACCCGAGCAUGUUUGGAGCUCAGAGUUAUGGUUUAAUUGCUCUGGGCAUGAUACUGGAGAUUGUGAAGGCGUCUCGUUUGAUGUUGUAAAGGAUCGAAGACCGUGAUUUGUGAUUAGUUCAAUGUAUUUUAGCAGUGAUCAUUGCUUUUUGUACAAUGUAGUAGUGCUACAGCAACGGUCAGUAGGAUCAAUCUGCAUCGGUCCAUCGAGAACGUAACAGUACGGGUGGGUGAUAUGAAUUCUAUUACCAAGAUAAGGCGGCCUACUACAACGAGCUGACCAAGGAAGCGAGAUUCAAACUGUAGAUUCAGAGAAAGGUGUUUCCUCUAUUGCCUCGAACGUUUUUGUACCUGUUUUGUUACGCUCCGACGGGUUGGCACGUAAACGUUUGACCUCCUUCAGUAUAAAAUAAUAGAGCAGCCUGUACAGUGAGAAAAGCUCUGUUAAGAUUCAGAAUAGCAGUGACUGGACACGAACGCGCUGGCUAAAGCAGUUAACAGAAUCCCACCGACAAUGAUAAUUACAUUGAG